CUGAUAAAGUCCAGAACGUUCUGGAAAAUUGAAGGAUUUUGCGCACAUUGUGUUCUAGCUAGAGUGAUCUAUUUUACCGGCCGCUCUCCGGCCUUUUCCAUUUCUUUUUCGACAUCGAAUUAGAAGCCGAUUCCAUAUUCCAUUACGCUCGUGUCCUCAAAUAAGAUUUCCAUAGUUCUAAUUAUUGCAGUUUUUAAAUAAAACAGUUCAAAAUGUUGUCGUUCGCUAGAAAUUUAGGAAGAAAAUCAUGCGAUGUAAUUAAAAUUGUUAAUACGAACACUAAGAGGGAUUUCAGUCAAAUUUCAAGAAAUAGUUGCUUCUUCAAUAGCUAUUUUCUCCACCCCAAAUAUGAAAUGCAACUUCGCUAUAAAUCUGAUGGUGUUAGAGGAGCAGUUAUUGGUAUUGAUUUGGGUACCACUAAUUCAUGUGUGGCAGUCAUGGAAGGAAAACAAGCCAAAGUAAUUGAAAAUUCAGAAGGCUCAAGGACUACACCUUCAGUUAUAGCUUUUUCUAAAGAUGGGGAACGACUUGUUGGUAUGCCAGCUAAAAGACAGGCAGUAACAAAUUCAGCAAACACAUUCUAUGCUACCAAACGUUUAAUUGGUAGGAGAUAUGAAGAUGAAGAGGUCAAAAAAGAUAUGAAGACGCUAUCCUAUAAAAUUACAAAGGCUUCAAAUGGUGAUGCAUGGGUACAAGGUACUGAUGGAAAAAUGUACUCACCAAGUCAAAUGGGUGCUUUUGUUCUCAUAAAAAUGAAGGAAACUGCUGAAGCUUAUCUCAAUACUAAAGUUAAGAAUGCUGUUAUUACUGUUCCUGCAUAUUUCAACGAUUCACAAAGACAAGCCACAAAAGAUGCUGGUCAAAUUGCUGGCUUAAAUGUACUUAGGGUCAUCAAUGAACCUACAGCUGCAGCUUUGGCUUAUGGAAUGGACAAAAUGGAAGACAAAAUUAUUGCUGUUUAUGACUUGGGCGGCGGUACCUUCGAUAUAUCAAUCUUAGAAAUCCAGAAGGGUGUAUUUGAGGUUAAGUCCACCAAUGGUGACACAUUUUUGGGAGGUGAAGAUUUCGACAAUGUUCUAGUGAAUUAUCUAGUAUCUGAAUUCAAGAAAGAACAAGGCAUUGACGUAACUAAAGAUCCUAUGGCAAUGCAGCGUCUCAAGGAAGCCGCUGAGAAGGCCAAAAUAGAGUUGUCAUCUUCACUACAAACUGAUAUCAACUUGCCAUACUUGACCAUGGAUGCAUCUGGUCCUAAGCACAUGAACUUGAAAUUGAGCAGGUCUAAAUUUGAAAGCUUGGUUGCAGACUUGAUCAAGAGAACAAUUGGUCCAUGUCAAAAGGCUUUGAAAGACGCUGAAGUCAGCAAGAGUGAAAUUGGAGAAGUCCUCUUGGUUGGAGGAAUGACUAGAAUGCCCAAAGUACAACAACUUGUUCAGGAAAUAUUUGGUAAACAACCCAGCAGAGCUGUCAAUCCCGAUGAAGCUGUAGCUAUUGGUGCAGCUGUUCAAGGUGGUGUAUUGGCCGGAGAUGUUACAGACGUUCUUCUAUUGGAUGUCACUCCUCUUUCACUUGGUAUUGAAACUCUUGGUGGUGUUUUCACAAAACUCAUCACCAGAAACACAACUAUCCCUACCAAGAAAAGUCAGGUAUUUUCAACAGCAGCCGAUGGUCAAACUCAAGUUGAAAUCAAAGUUCACCAAGGUGAACGUGAAAUGGCAGUCGACAACAAACUUCUUGGUCAAUUCUCCCUUGUUGGUAUCCCCCCAGCACCUCGUGGUGUGCCACAAAUCGAAGUUACCUUCGACAUCGAUGCUAAUGGUAUAGUACAUGUUUCUGCAAGAGACAAGGGAACUGGAAAGGAACAACAGAUUAUUAUUCAAUCAUCUGGAGGACUUAGCAAGGACGAGAUUGAAAACAUGAUCAAAAAAGCAGAACAGUAUGCACAAGAAGAUAAAGUUAAGAAAGAAAGAGUAGAAGUCAUUAACCAAGCUGAAGGAAUUGUUCAUGACACAGAAACUAAAAUGGACGAAUAUAAAGAACAGUUGCCAAAGGAAGAGAGUGAGAAAUUGAAGGGAGAAAUCGAAAAUGUUAAAAACUUAUUGGCACAAAAAGACACAGUUGAUCCAGAAGAAGUCCGCAAAGCUAUGAAUACUUUACAACAAUCAUCACUCAAAUUGUUCGAAAUGGCUUAUAAAAAGAUGGCAGCAGAUCGUGACAGCAGUAGUAGUAGUACAGAAUCUACAAAACAAGAAGAGGAACCAAAGGAGAAGAAAGAAGAGAAGAACUAAGUGCAAGUUUGAAGACAUUUGUGGACUUGGUACGUGAUUUAGGUACAGUUGUAUAUUUUGAGUGAUACCUAAUGAUAAUCUUAUUAAAAAUGCGUCUUUACUUUGCAUUUUUUUAUAAGGAAUGUGAUCAGAAACUAUUUAGGUCAGUGACGUUGUGAUCAUUUGCUAUUGUUCUGAUUUAAUCCGUGUUGGUAGUUCAUGUGGAACUAAUUUUUGUAUUACAACUCAAUCGUAGAAUUGACUGUAUAAUCUCUGAAUUGUCUAGAAACAAUAUAAAUAUUUUGUUACUGAUAUUUUAUUUGUGUUGUCCUUUAUCAUCUCAUAAUGAUAAUAAAGAUAUUGUAAAUAAAUUGUUUUUCUUCAUAA